GUAUGGCCAAAUCCUUUGGGGGUGGGAGGGAACCGUUUGGGCAAACGCCGCCUCUGCCGCCCGGUCCCGCUCUUUCCCAAACUAGGGCGAUUGAAACAAACAGCUAGCUAAUUUCAUCUCUGUGCGGGGGAUCAGAAAACGCAGUUAGAUCUCCGAGGGCUAUAAACCGUUUCUCUCUUAACACACAGGCCAAAAGAAAAAAAAUCUAUCAAGAUGUCUAGCAAGCGAGCCAAGGCGAAGACCACCAAGAAGCGUCCUCAGCGUGCCACCUCCAAUGUCUUCGCCAUGUUUGACCAAUCGCAGAUCCAGGAGUUCAAGGAAGCUUUCAACAUGAUCGACCAAAAUCGCGAUGGAUUCAUCGACAAGGAGGAUCUGCACGACAUGCUAGCGUCUCUUGGGAAGAAUCCCGCUGACGAGUACUUGGAGGGCAUGAUGAGUGAAGCACCUGGGCCCAUCAACUUCACCAUGUUCCUCACCAUGUUUGGAGAGAAGCUGAAUGGCACCGAUCCUGAGGAUGUCAUCCGCAAUGCUUUUGCCUGCUUUGAUGAGGAGGCCACAGGUUUCAUUCAUGAAGACCAUCUGCGGGAGCUGCUCACCACCAUGGGAGACCGGUUCACAGAUGAGGAAGUUGAUGAGAUGUAUCGGGAAGCCCCCAUUGACAAGAAAGGCAACUUCAACUACGUGGAGUUCACCCGUAUCCUGAAGCAUGGAGCCAAAGACAAAGAUGAUUAAGACGAAAGAAAAAUCCUGACUUCCAGUUGUCCCUGUGCUAUGUCCCAGUCCCCUUGCUCCUCCUCGAAGUUUUCCUACUGCCAUGGUCAAGUGUUGAAAUGAGCUAUCCAGAGAGGGAUAAGCUUUGAAAUAUUUCAGCAGAGCUAGCCCUGCUCUAAAUGAAGAAUAAGCUUGUUGUAUGUUCACAUGUGUGCACACAGAGCAGUAUCAAUCCCUUAUAAAGCUACUCCUUGAUUCUGUAGGUCUCAUGGAGUAAGGUACUUGUAACCCAUCCUUUUCAAACACUCUAAAUUGCAAAUGUUGUUUGCAAAUAUUGUUUGCAAAGGGGAAAGAAACACUGUGGACACGUCAGACUACCUGACCCUGUACAUCUAUUUCAUACAACCACCCAGCAUGGGAUCUAAUGUAAUCUAAGGGGGGCUGCUGAGAUUGCCAUUUGAAUUCUUUCAUUUAAACAACAGCUGCCUUUUUUGUUGCCACUAUUUAUCACAUUUAUAGAGAGCACUUUUAAACUUGCAAAGUGACUUACAAUUCUUUAUGGUUUUUAGCACUGUCACAACCCCGUGAGAUAAGGCACUAUUGUUCCCAUUUUAUAAAUAGGAAGCUGAGACAGACAUGUGCUCAGCAACCACACGGUACGGGUGCUUCUGGACGGAGGGCUCCUAGCACUAGUCUAUAUUUUCCUCCUUAACAGAUUUUUUUUUAAUGGUAAGGAAAAAGCCGGAAGAAGUGGUGGAAAAGCAUAGGAGGGUUACAAAUGGUAGGUGGCGUCGUCUGGACUCCCUGUAAAAUUCUGCAUUUCAGGUGGGGCAUUUGCAGAACAAAAGCCUCAUCUCAAAGCACCCAAAAACUGCAGAGGUGAGAUCUGAAUCUAGGUCUCCCUGAUCCUAAAUAGAACUCUCUAUAUGCUGGACCACAUUGGCCUUCAACCUCGCUGCUUCUAUUGAUCCGAUUCAAAGCUCACUGACUCCAGUCUAGCCUUGGGCUUAUCUAGCUUGCCUGAAAUGGUGUGCUCCACUUUGCACUAGUGAUACUUUCUGUAGAAAGAAUACCUCUUCAUCUGAGGAUUGGCAGAGUACAUUUGACCCUCCACUGUCAACACCACCGAAAUAAAUGGGAUUAUUCUGACUUCCUUUUUUCUCCAUUUCAUCCUGAAUUCAUAUUGGCCACACACACACACACAACUCUUGGGCUAUAGACUUGGCUAGAAAUAAGAUGCUUGGUCCACACAAUUUGAAAUCCUCUCCCACACACAUCCCGCUUUUGGCCCCAAAAUCCAGAAUUUUAGGAUUUCUUGCUGGCUACCUGAAAAGGCUAAGCAGGAGGAGCACAAAUAUUAACAAGUCAGCUAUCUAUCCUCCAUCUAACUCAAACUUCUCUAACUGCUGACCUCCAGAUGUGUUGGACACCUAUCAUCCCAAGCCACCAUGGCCAUUGGCCAUUCCACUCUGAUCCAAGCCAUUGGCCAUGCUGGCUGGGAGGAAGAUGGGAUUUGUAGUCCAACACAUAUGGUAGAGCCCAGGUUUUUCUAAUUUAACAGAAACAUCUGAUUAUUUU